AUGUUCGACCUCGCCCCUGACGACUAUACAGUCGUCCCCCUCACCCUGCUGGACGCGACGCAGUCCAAUGCCAACAUUAUCGCCCGAGUCGGCGUCAUCUUCGACGCUCCCCUGUGCUUCGACAAACUCAAGGAAUCAUGGUACAAAACCCUCGCCGUCAGGCCCAUCAUGCAGGCCCGCGUCCGCCGCUCACGGGGCGCACCGUCAGGCCUCGUCUACCACGUCCUGACCCCCCAGGGCAUGGAAAAGUACCUGGAGAACCAGCGCACAGCCCCAGACCACCACAAGGACUUCUACUGCCUGGAUGAGUCGCAUCGGUCCAUCACCGACCACUGCGCGGGCUUCGGUGUCGGGCCCAGCGCCCCCAGCCAUUCAUACCCGACUUUUGUCACCGACGUCGCGGACUCGGACGAGGAGAAGCGCUGCACGGCGUUCAACGGCGUCAAGGACCUCGACGAGAUCAUCGACACCGGUCGCCCGAUCAUCACAAUCCAAGUGACGCGCUUCUGCGAUGCCACUCUUGUCACCAUCUCCGUCAGCCACAUUCUGGGCGACCUGGCCACCCUCAAGUCCCUGUACGCAGGCUGGCAAUCCACCCUGUAUGGAACACCACCACCACCCUUUGAACAGCUAGGCGAAGACCCCUUCAAGGCAUACGGACCCGGCGGAGAGCUCGCGGGCAAGGAGGUGCACUCGAAUAACCCUCCUUUACCACCAGGCUGGCGCGUCUAUGGAAUGCUCGACAAGGCCCGCUUCCUGUCGCGCUUCCUGUGGGACACCAAAAUCACACGGCCCGAGAAGACCAUAUCGCAGAAAUACCUCUUCAUCUCAGACGCCGAGAUAAACGGGCUGGUCGCACAGGCCGAGCGCGAUCUCGUCGAGCUCGAAGCAAAGCGCAAGAAGAAGGGCAUCGAAUCCAAACAGCCUCUCGCCGUCACCAAGUCCAACGUGCUGCACGCCUGGCUGCUCAAGAACAACCACACCCAUCUCGGUCCAAACGAAUGGACAACCCCUGUCACCGUCGUCAACACCCGCGCCCGUCCACCAACCGGUCUCAAGCCACAGCAUAAAGGCGGCGACUUCCCCAAGAACGACUGGUACGGCGCCGCCAUGGCGACCAGUCUCCCGCCGCUGCGGGUGGGCAAGCUCCUGGCCAUGCCGCUAGGUGAACUGGCGCUGCAUAUCAAAGACGGGAUCCGCGAGGGCUCGUCGCCCGAGAACACGCGGCGGUUUAUGGCCUUCACGCUGCAUAAUGCGCUGUGGACGAAGCCGUCGGGGAAGCUGGCGCUGUUUCUGCCCCCGAAUCACAACCUGUCGGCGCUGACGGAUUGGAGGCUGAUUAAGUUCAAUGAUAUUGAUUUCACGCCUGCGAGGCUGGAUGGCGGAAGUGAGAAGGUGGUUGUUUGUGGGUUCAAUGCGCAUAUGUUGACGGCGAACACGCAGAGGGAUAUGUGGGUUUGUAUGGGCCAGGCUGCUGGGGGGGUCUGGUUUAUCGGCAUUGCUGGCGAGAACCAGUGGAAGAAUCCAGAGGGCUUGGGCAGGUUUCCGUUUGUGCAGCGGAGGACGAGCAAGCUGUAG